GCCCAUCCCCGUAGGCAUUGAUGUGCAGGUGGAGAGCAUCGACAGCAUCUCAGAGGUCAACAUGGACUUCACCAUGACUCUGUACCUGCGUCACUACUGGAAGGACGAGAGGCUGGCGUUCCCGUCUGGAAACAACCAGAGCAGGACUUUUGACUCCCGGCUGGUGAAGAAGAUCUGGGUUCCUGACGUCUUCUUCGUCCACUCCAAACGUUCCUUCAUCCACGACACCACCAAGGAGAACAUCAUGCUGCGGGUUUACCCUGAUGGAAAAAUCCUCUACAGCGUCAGGGUCACUGUGACGGCUCUCUGCUCGAUGGACUUCAGCAGCUUCCCUUUGGACACGCAGAACUGCUCGCUGGAGUUGGAGAGCUACGCGUAUAACGAGAAUGACCUGAUGCUUUACUGGAAGAAUGGCAACGACUCUCUGAGGACGGAUGAGAUCGUACUGUCACAGUUCUUCAUUGAGCAUUUCCAAGCCUCCAGUGGCCUGGCUUUCUACAGCAGCACCGGCUGGUACAACCGUCUCUUCAUAACCUUCAUCCUGCGGAGGCACAUCUUCUUCUUCAUGCUGCAGACGUACUUCCCCACCAUGCUGAUGGUCGUCCUCUCCUGGGUCUCCUUCUGGAUUGAUAGACGGGCUGUUCCUGCAAGAGUGUCUCUGGGCGUGAACCAUAUUAAAUGUGGCCCUGUAUAUGUGAAAAUGUGCGAUGCUUUCCAGGUGUCGUACGUGAAAGCGGUGGACAUCUACCUGUGGACCAGCUUCCUGUUUGUCUUCCUGUCUGUGAUUGAAUAUGCAGCCGUGAACUACUGCACCACUCUGGAGGAGAUGAGGAAGAUGAAGAGGGGGAAGAUCCCGUCCACCUUCAAUGCCAGUCAAGCAAUGGCCUUUGACGGGUGUUUCCACGACAACGAUAUUGAGCUGACUACAUUCCCCCGUCUGGCACCCACCUUGACCUCUGACCCUCUGACAUCGCCAACCCAAAGCUCAGACAUGCACCCCACGGAGGGAACACGGCUUCGCCGGCAGCGGUCUGUACGUGAAAACGUGGACCUGCUGGUCAACAACAGCUACAUGAUCGACUCGUACUCUAGACUGGCCUUCCCUCUGUCCUACCUGCUCUUCAACACCAUCUACUGGAGCAUGUACUCCUGAUCCAGCACCAAAUACUCUACAAAUUUAAUCUGAGUGCUGCAGAGGAGAUUCCUCAUCUCGACAGAGGUCCGAAGA